AGCACGAUGUUCCUGGUGGGACUCUCGGGUGGGAUUGCAUCGGGGAAGAGCACGGUAGUGGCCGUGCUGCGGGAGCUGGGCUGUGCCGUGCCAAUCGACGCCGACCUUAUUGCCAGGGAGGUGGUGCAGCCCCAUUCCAAGGCCCACCAGCAGAUCCUGUGGUACUUUGGCACUGAGAUCCUCCUGGAGAAUGGCGAGAUAAACUUCGAGGCUCUUGGGGACAUGAUCUUCUCCCAGCCGGAGAAAGAGCGGCUGCUGAACUCCAUCACCUCCCCUGAGAUCCUGAAGGAGAUGCUGAAGCAGAUCCUGAAGUCCUUUGUGCUCGAUGCCACAGAGCUGGCGCUGGCCAAGGGCAGAGGCACAGGGAAAACUGGGGAGCCACAGGGCCUGGGGGGACAGUGA